GUACAUUGUAUGAGCUGUACGAUAAUGAUUUAAAAAGUUCUUUAUGUACCAUGUGGUUUAGGGGACGGGUGGGUUUUCCCGCCUUUGUGAGUAGAGCAGACGGGAUGAUAGCGAUAUAAUCUGCCGGACAACUAUAUGAAGUGUAAACUCUGAAGGCAAGAGUAGCCUCGCCUGCUACAGCAGCAAGGGUUAAAUGAAAGCCAGGUCUGAGGCGUCUCAGCCGGGAAGUGUGGGCGGGGCCAACGCAAGUUCAAGUCCUCAUCCCAAAAAAGCCAUAGAGCCGCCUCUCUCCCACUCCCCAUUAUUGCAGCAGCGACGGAACAACAGCUUCCCGGGGCGGAGGGUUGAGACAGGAGUCCGCUGUUCAGAGUACCCCUCAGGGAAAAGGAAACACAGCGAGGCUAGAGGGAAAGCAACACGAGCACCCAGGCUACCUGCCCCUGCAGAGGGCGCCACACAACAGCCCCUGGCAGCGGUUGUCAUGGUAACCAAGGGCUGCUGCAGGCCGGAGACAGUACCCCAGCCCCGGGGAGGAGGCUCCAGUCACUGACCCCAUAGAGAAGGGGUGGGGGAAGGAGAGAGAAAAAGGGGCAUCAAAAAACAGAAAAAGGGGUCGGGCAUUAGAGAAGGAGAAGGCUAAAGAUCCCUCGGAAUGGAGGACGGCAUUUCCAGCUAUAGCAGCAGCCUGUAUGACACAUCCUCCCUCUUCCAGUUCUGCAACGGCUGCUCCAAAAUAACUUCUUCUGUACUUGGUACAAUGUGAACCUAAGGAGAUGACAGUGCCUCUGCUUCAAGCAGUAUGGAGGUGACAGAUCGCAUCGCUUCCCUGGAGCAACGCGUACAGAUACAAGAAGAUGAGAUCCAGCUGCUGAAGUCAGCACUUGCUGAUGUGGUUAGAAGGCUAAAUAUCUCUGAAGAACAGCAUGCACUGCAGAAUAGGAAGGGACCCACCAAAGAUCACAAUGAUCAAAAAAAGUCAGAUGUUGAGAAGCACCAGCGCAGUACUGCUGCAGGAAUCCAUGCAGUCAGAAGAAAUGAACAGCAAACACUCCCUUUAAGAAAUGCUGUUAAUAGUGAAUCCAUCUUACCAAAGAAACCAAGUGGGUCUCUGCCUUCCCCUUCAGGGACAAAGAAAGAUAUUGUUCCGCUAGCAUCCAAAAGCAAAUCUGUGCGUCUAAUGAAUUCGUGUAAAUUAUCUAAGCCUGCAACAAGUAAUGUCAAAAGAACUAAUUCUACUGAGCGCAUCUCUUCUGGAGCGCGAAGGGAAAGUUCUGGAGAUGCCAAAGGUGGUCGUAAUCGUGCUGGCUCAACAAGCAGUUCAUCCAGUGGGAAAAAAAACAGUGAAAGCAAACCCAAGGAACCCAUGUUCAGUGCAGGAAAGCGCCGAGUGACACACUGCAAAGAGGAAGGCUAUGUAAAAAUGUUCCUGAGAGGACGUCCUGUUACCAUGUAUAUGCCCAAAGAUCAAGUGGACAGUUACAGUUUGGAGGCAAAAGGUGAACUGCCAGCUAAAAGACUUAAGCUGGAGUGGGUAUAUGGCUACCGGGGACGAGACUGUCGCAGCAACUUGUACCUUUUGCCUACAGGAGAAACUGUAUAUUUUAUUGCUUCUGUAGUUGUGUUAUAUAAUGUCGAAGAGCAACUGCAAAGACAUUACACUGGCCACACUGAUGACGUCAAGUGCCUUGCUGUUCAUCCAGAUAAAAUUACUAUAGCAACAGGCCAGGUUGCUGGUACAUCAAAGGAUGGGAAACAAUUGCCACCACAUGUUCGCAUUUGGGAUUCUGUGACACUAAAUACCUUGCAUGUCAUUGGAAUGGGCUUCUUUGAUCGUGCUGUUACUUGUGUUGCUUUCUCUAAAUCUAAUGGCGGAGGGAACCUGUGUUCUGUGGAUGAUUCCAAUGACCAUGUACUGUCUGUUUGGGAUUGGCAAAAAGAAGAAAAGCUGGCUGAUGUUAAGUGUUCAAAUGAAGCUGUGUUUGUUGCUGACUUUCAUCCAACCGACACAAAUGUUAUAGUUACUUGUGGAAAGUCUCAUCUUUACUUUUGGACAUUAGAAGGAAAUUCUUUGAAUAAGAAGCAAGGAUUAUUUGAGAAACAGGAAAAACCAAAGUUUGUGUUAUGUGUGACCUUUUCAGAAAACGGUGACACAAUUACAGGCGACUCUAGUGGAAACCUUUUGGUAUGGGGAAAAGGUACCAACAGGAUAACACAUGCAGUUCAAGGAGCCCACGGUGGUGGGAUUUUUGCACUUUGUAUGCAGCGAGAUGGAACAUUGGUAUCUGGAGGAAAAGAUCGAAAGCUUGUGUCCUGGAAUGGAAAUUAUCAACAGCUAAAUAAAGUCGAGAUUCCAGAACAGUUUGGUCCAGUACGUACUGUUGCUGAGGGAAAAGGAGAUGUUGUGCUUAUUGGCACCACACGAAAUGUUGUUCUUCAAGGCACUUUAUCUGGGGAAUUUAACACUAUUACCCAGGGCCAUACUGAUGAGCUCUGGGGGCUUGCUGCACAUUCACUGAAGCCUCAGUUUCUGACCUGUGGUCAAGACAAGCAAAUUACAUUAUGGGAUGCCACCAGCCAUCAUCCUCUAUGGACCAAGAUCAUUGAGGAUCCAGCACAAUCCUCAGGGUUUCAUCCUAACGGUUCUGUUGUAGCAAUAGGAACUCUAACCGGAAGGUGGUUUGUAUUAGACACAGAGACAAAAGAUUUAGUCACUGUGCAUACGGAUGGGAAUGAGCAAUUGUCUGUCAUGUGUUACUCACCAGAUGGGAAUUUUCUUGCAAUUGGUUCCCAUGACAACUACAUCUAUAUAUAUGCUGUUAAUGAGAACGGGAGAAAAUACAGCCGAAUUGGAAAAUGCUCAGGGCAUUCCAGUUUCAUUACUCAUUUGGACUGGUCUGUGAGUUCUCAAUAUUUGAUGUCCAAUUCUGGAGACUAUGAAAUCUUGUACUGGAUUCCCUCGGCCUGCAAGCAAGUAGUGAGUGUGGAAACAACCAGAGAUCUUGAGUGGGCCACACACACAUGCACACUUGGCUUCCAGGUGUUUGGAGUUUGGCCCGAGGGCUCUGAUGGAACUGACCUUAAUGCUAUAUGCAGAUCCACUGAUAAACUUUUGGCUACCGGCGAUGAUUUUGGCAAAGUGCAUCUAUUCUCUUUUCCAUGCUCACAAUUUCGGGCAUCUGGUCAUGCUUAUGGCGGGCACAGCAGCCAUGUUACAAAUGUCAGCUUUUUAUAUGACGAUCGUCAUCUAAUCUCUACCGGCGGGAAGGACAUGAGUAUAAUGCAGUGGCGUGUUGUGUAAAGAGGACAUUUGGUACUUAUGGGCACGCACGGACUGUACCAAAUGGUGUCUCCGAACUCUUUGUUAAAGAUCAAACUCAGGAACAAUCCUCUUUAUACUGGUGUCCUGCACUGACAAAUCAGCUUCUCUGCUUUCAAUGGGGCCAUCUAUACUUAGAAUUAUUUCAAAUGUGAGAAGUAUUACAUUAUCAUAUACAAAAGCUUAAAGGUUUACAUUGCAUUCACAAGUAAUGUCUAAUGUACUGUAAAGUUGUGUUACAACAUGCCUUUUUAAAAUAUUAAUCACACCUU